UCCUUUGGAAUAAUUAUAUCUUAAUAUCGGGUGAAAAGAGAAACACUGAGAUGAUUUCAUUUUUAUAUUCUAUGAAAUUGGCGGACAUUAUAUAGGCAUAUUCCAUCCGAACACAGUGCCCAAAUAUGACCAAAACGAACUCAGCGGACAGCAUUACCAUGAGCUUAAGAAAGGAGUCAACUGAAGGCGGAGAUGAAAAUAAGGAUGACACCUUAACCCAUUGUCACACAGAGAAGAAUCAGGAUAUUUUUGACAAGAAGGCCCGGAGACAGCUUAUCAUCGCCAGUAUCUUCUGUUCCAUCUUUAUGAUUGGGGAAGCUGUUGGCGGCGCGUUAGCUGGGAGUCUUGCUAUUAUGUCGGAUGCUGCGCAUCUAUUGACAGAUUUCGCUAGUUUUGGUAUAAGUUUAGUUGCAAUGCAUUUAACAAUAAAAAGGAGGACAAAGAAAUUAAGUUUUGGAUGGUACAGGGCAGAAAUCAUUGGUGCCUUGCUGUCCAUUUUGUUUCUAUGGGUACUGACAGGUGUCCUGGUCUACCUCGGGGUGGAAAGAAUUUUAAAUCCAGACUACACCAUCGACCCCCUCAUUAUGUUAAUCACGGCCUCAGCUGGCGUGGUCAUCAAUGUUAUCAUGGGUACCACACUCCAUCAGGGGUCGGGCCAUAACCAUUCCCACGGUGGCGGUGGUUCCGGGUACAGCCCCACAGACAGUGGCAACCAGAGUCACGAGGAAGACAAUUCGCAGGAAAAUAACACUAGUCACCUUCUGGACGAUAAACAGAAACUGGUGGAGUACGGUUCGAUAUCCAAUCAAAACGUCCACGACGUCGAGAAAAAUCAAAAUGGCCGCGAUGUCGAGAAAGAUGACCAUGCACAUGGCCACUCACAUAAGAAAGAGAAGAAUAUCAAUGUCCGCGCAGCAUUUAUUCAUGUACUGGGUGACUUAGUACAGAGUUUGGGUGUGCUGGUUGCUGCUGUUAUCAUUUGGUUUAAGCCGGAGUGGAAAAUUGCGGAUCCCAUCUGCACUUUUCUCUUCUCAAUCCUCGUUGUUUUCACCACUAUGCAUAUUGUCAAAGACAUUGUCAUUGUCCUGAUGGAAGGUGCCCCUCGCACGGUGAAAUUUGUGGACGUGACCCAGAGUCUCCUUGAGAUUGACGGGGUGAGGGAGGUUCACGACUUGAGAAUGUGGUCCCUCUCUAUGAACAAAAUCGCCAUAGCCGUACAUCUAGCUGUUGAGAAAGACAAGGACCCAAUGCACGUACUUAGAGUGAGCACACGCCUCGUGAGGAAAAAGUUCGGCAUCUCCGAGAGUGUGAUUCAGAUAGAGGAAUACCAUCCAGCCAUGUCCGAGUGCCACGAAUGUCGAGAUCCGCCCGACUAACAAACAUGCAGCCGGGGAGCGGAUCCUAUGAGGGUGUUCUUCCUAGGCAUUAGGAAUCUUAUAGUGAUUGAAAAUGUUGCUGGAUGCAUUGUUAGGAUAAAUACGAUAUAUAAUUAGAGAAAUAAGUGUGGAGCUGGAUGGCUUACAAGUCAUUUCUUUAUGUCACAUGUAAUAAUGAAAGAGGCCAAUAUGCUCAAAUGCUAUAGUAUAUUUAUCUUUGCGCAAUUAGAUUUGUAUAAAAAGUAGAUUGUGUCUAGUGUACAUGUAUUUGAAAAAAAAUCAUUUAAAUCUUGCCUGAAUUACUCAGUUUAAUUGCAUUAAAAUUGUUUAUUGUAGCAAAUUCAUCAUGAAGUCUUUAAGACUAUAUUUCAGAUGGAAUUAAAUACUACAUGUGGCCAUGGGCAUUUCAUUUUGUGUAUAUUCUUCAUCUGAACAAUGUACAUUCACUUGUAUUUCAUAUUUUGAUUGUAUAUAAAUAUGAUUUGUGCAUACAUUUCUUGGUGUGAUAAUUGGUUAACACUACGAAUUGUUGUUCUAAAUAGUGUGUCAUGACAGUAAAAAGUUUUUGAAAAUCUAUUUUAUAACAUCUUUAAGGAUUCAAGUUUCCUAUGUCAAUUUUUUAAUUAGGGGAAUGUUAUUCUUUAUGUGUAGUAUGAAAUAUAAAUAGUGAAUAAAGUUCAUCACAAUUUG